GCAAAUCACCCUAGGAUGUCCUUUAAUAAGCAGCAGUGCAAACAGCCAUGUGUGCCUCCUCCAAGUCUUCAAAAGACCCAAGGGCAUUGCCAGGCAAAGGCUGAGGAGGUGUGCCUCCCCCCAUGCCAGCACCCUUGCCAAAAGAAGUGCCCAGCGCAAGCUCAAGAGGUGCAUCUUCCUCAGUGCCAGGAGUUAAACCAAGAAAACUUCUUACAGCAAGGCCAAGACCCAUGCCUACCUCUAUGUCAAGACCAAAGCCCACCUCAGUGUGUGGAGACAUGCCAGGAGAUAUCUCAGACAAAACGUGUGGAGGUUUGCCCACAGAAAGUCCAGGAGAAGUGCUUACCCCCUGGCAAGGGAAAGUAGCUGCUCAUAAUGCCAUUUGGGGGUCAAGAAGAUGAUCCCAGCCCAACUCCAACCCCUGUCAUGGUGACCUUCUCCUAUGGGUAUGUCUAUGUUCACCCUGCUCUUGCCUCCUGGCUUCUUCAGUAUUCCAGGACUUGGUCUGUGUCUCUGAAGGCAGUUCUUUCUGUAUUUCCUCAACCUCUGUGAAUAAAUGUUGUCAACAAUCUAUUAGAAUGUCUCUGAUGUAGGAAUAUGAUGUGGUUAUCAGGGGCGACCAAAGAAGCCUAGUUCAGCUCCUUUGGGGCAAAAAUUCACCCAGCCCUGGGCAUG